AUGGACUUGGCGGAGAUCGACGAUGUUCGGGCCACCGUGGUAGUGUGUGGGCGGAAGGAAGGGAUGCUGCGGGUCAAGAAAAGCGAGAUUUCCACCUUAGGCGCCAUAUUGAUGCGGGAACGGGCCGGGUCGACCACAGAGCUGGGGCAAGUGAUGAGGGUGGAAGGGGAGGAAGGGGAGAGGGCAGGCAUGAGGAUGGAGGUAGAGGCGGAGGGCGGGAAGGAGGAAGGGGCCGCAUGGCUGGGAAAGAAGGCCUGCCGUCUCCAACGUUUGGUGCGACGGUCGGGCCAGCCGUUUGAGUACAUGCGGGACCUGUGGGUGGCGAUGGUGGGGAUGGAAGGGGGGAGGAUGGGUUUGACCCGGGAAUCGAUCUGGAGCAUCUACCAAGAACUCCGCCGGCUGGCCCCCAUGCUGGCUGCCCAAGCAGGCACGGCGUUGUACUUGCCCAUGAUUGGGUGUGGGAGAGGUCAGACUGUGGGUGGUUUCGCCUCGCCCGGCCUGGUGCGACAAGCGAUCAUUCAAGAGUCGGUGGGUUUCGCGCAAUUUUUGGCCCAAGCCAUCCCAAGCCCGCGCUUGGAAUGCGUCGUGCUGUACACUUGGGAGAAGGACUCGAUGGGCGUGUUAAUGGACUCCCUCCGCGUCUUCAAGGAGAAGUUCAGGGGCAUGAUGAGCGCCCGCUUGGACGAGGAGGAGUACGGGCGCUAUGUCCGGGUCCUGCAUGCGGCGGCCGCCGCCGCCACUGCCUCCCGUCCCUCCACCUGCCCGCCUUCCUUCCCCCCUUCCUCCCCUACAACCGGAGACGUGCCCAUGUCCAUUGCCAGCUCCGUCUCCUUUUCCUCUUCCCCCCCGUCCUCCCUCCCGCCCUCCUCUCUCCUCGCCUGUGACCUGGAGCUCGAAUCACGCCUGCGUGCCUUGACAUCCCUCGAUUCCUACCCGGACGUAUGCCAGGCGUGCUGGGCACUGGGACAAUACCUGACCACUGCGUACAGAGAGCGGUUCACGGGCGAGGAUCUGGAAAACACAAUGGAGGGGGCGACGCAGGUGCUGCGGUACAACAAGGACAAGGCAGAUUUUGAAGAAGAAAAGGGGAAGGAAGGGGGGGGGGAGGAAUGGCUGUCCAUGGUCGGUCACUACGAUUCACUCAGGAGCUUACAUGCAGUGCUGUCUCUGCUGCGGGCUCUGGGACCCUGA